UUGUCGAAAUAUAUGAUUUUAUUGGCGCCUGCAAUCUUCGAUCAGCGGCACUACAAAUGGCGAGCCUGCGAUAAUGCGGGUUAGCGGGUACUCGAACAUAGUUAAAGAUGGCGGAUUUGUCUACUUCUUGACGUCUUACAAACUGGAAAACAAAUUUGCGAAGAAGUGAGAAGGAACGUUUUUGUUGCGGAUAGAGAGACUGCUGAGAAACUAAGGAAUAAUUGUGUUCAACUUAUCAUUGCCCUUGUUGUUGCAACCAGACGAAUGCUAUUGGACGAAGGAGACCGAAAUUUUAUCGACGAGAAUGUCAAUCUGUUAAUUUUAGAAAUACAGAAAUAUAUUUUAAUGUUUGACGAACGAUUCACGGAAAAGGAAGAACAUGAGACGCGUUAUUCUUGCCCUAUAGAUUCCGGUGUUCGUCAAGGUCGACCAAAAUUCCUCAUCCCUUGCCAACAGCUAGAAGGGUUGAGGUCUCUUGGGUUUUCAUGGAUUGCUAUAGCUAAAAUGCUGGGUGUAUCGGAAAAAACAAUCAAACGUCGACGGGAGGAGUACAAUAUGUCUGAGCAUCCUGUACUGUUUUCUGAUAUCACUGAUGAUGAACUGGACAGUCUUGUUAAACAUGUUCUGGAAAUGUCACAGAAUUCAGGAGAGCGUAUGAUAAUGGGAUGGUUUAAGGGAAGAGGCAUUCAUAUCCAAAGAUGGAGAUUAAGAGAAGCAAUAUCACGUGUGGACCCAGUUGGUCRAGAGCUUAGAAGGAAAACAGUCACCAAAAGGAGAGUGUAUUCGGUUUCAACUCCAAAUGCAUUGUGUCAGAUUACACAACUGUGAGAGACAUACUCAAUCCAGAGCACUGUAAUGAGGAUUAUGGUGUUGAUGAUGAUGGACCAUUGUCUGAGCUUCAAACCAAUAACCAUGUUGAAGUACCAGCAUCUACCAUUGAACUAACAGAUGAUGAAAUGUCUCGGUUAGCUGCAAUUGCUAACCCCACAUCUAAUGACAAUAAUCAUGGUAUUCAUUUGUAUGUUUCUGCCAGAAACCAUGUAAUUGGUAUAAUUACUGAUAACUGAUAACUAAGAUAGAUUAGAGUACAGGGUUUGUGCUACAAAAUUCACAGAUUUCUCAAUGCCCAAAAUUAUCAUUUUGAARGACCAUUUUUUUCUGACUGAGUGACAGAAACAAGUYAAUUGAMWAUCACUCAAAAAACGUUUCAAAGACCAAUUGAUAAUGACAACUAAUGUAGAAUUUAAAGGAGAAUUUAAGGGAUAUCCAACAAUUUUGAUAUUUUCAAUGACUGUUCAAGUGUACUAAGAACAGAACGUUCAAACCCUGGGUAUUGAAAUGCCUCAAUUUGUUCAUUGAAAUGCCUUCAUUAUUUUUAAUUGAUGUUAUUUUAGUGAACCAACUAAUUAAACCUAGCCAAAAAUAGGUAAAUCAGUGUACAUAAUUAUUUUUGAACAUAAACAAUAUUUGAACCA